AUGGGAAAUGUUGCUGAGGGCAAACCCACUCCGGGAAGAUCGACUGAUGAGAGUAUCAAAAUUCAAGACGGCAUCCUGACGCGAAUUGGCAUCUACUUUCCAUCUUCAAGGCGCGAUCCCUCUUAUCUCGUCCUGCCCAUUCCUUUCGCAUAUGAUCACUUUGCACGGUGCAUUGCAGUCCAACGUGCGACACGCCAUCAGCUCAAGGAUCGCCCAGUCAACGAAGCCUUUGGUGAUUUAACUGACGAUGAUCCUACUGUGCAAUCCAAUUUUCGGACUUCCGAUCAUUCAAACGUGCACGUGCCCCCUCCUGGGCCGGUCAAGCGCUCGUCCAGACCCACAUUUGACCAUCAGUUUCCCGAUCAUACCAUGUUACGGUCCUGUGUAGUGGCUGUGGGCAGUGAGAGGUUGCACGAAGUCAUUGCUGGAUAUCGUGUGCGACAAGAGGCAACAGGUGGUGGCUGGACUUGCUUUCCCAGAGCAAAGGAAGAGCAGCAAUCAAAAAUCAUUUCGAAAGCGCUUAUUGGAAAUGAAAUGAUACGAUACGGACUCGUACAUGGAGAGCUCGUCAAAGAAAACGCGCCUGUUUCGAUUUGUACUUGCACAUGCAUAGAAGUUGAUGGUUCAACGCCAAUGGUGGCAAUGGGGAUGGGUGCAUGCUCCGGUAUCAUUCACGUUGUGGACUUGGUAGUAGCAUGCAGGAAGGGGAGCGGGCAGGUGGGGCAGAUGAGAAAGAUCGGCAAGAAGGACAGCUACAUUCGGUGGUGGGCUUUGUCAUCCAACGGUGUUUAAACUUACCCCGUCUUCGGUCUUUCACACCUCGUACUCUAAGCAGACGACGCGGAACUUGCCCUUGUACGCGAAGCGGUCAGCAGGAUCGAUCGCAAGGUUCCAGAGUGUCCCUAUUCCUGAUUUUCUGAAUACAACAUUCUCCUUCGAUUUUACUCCCAGUAAUUAAAGCACACAGAGAAGACGUAUGAUUCAGUGACCAUUCAUCGUUUAUCGGGCAAGACUGUGAGGAGUCGCAAUUGCGACUAUGGCACCAUCAUGACCUUCAAACGUCCAACGAGGUCGAGGGGUGGUGACUGGAUUGAUGCAGCCACAAUGAGACAUCUGCCAUUUGUGCUAGAUCCACAUUUUCAACCGAGUAGGUCGUAUACUCUAUGAUAUUACUAUGCAGACUCGUCCAUUUCCACUUCUCUGAUUUUGCGAUUCUCGUAGUGUCAAACAGUAGUACAACGGGCAAGAGGAAAA